AUGGAUAGACUUUAUAGACUUACUCAAGAUGGUUUAUGUUCUCAAUUAAACACGCAGUUAAAUGAACUCUCGAAUGCUGUUGAUUAUCUAAUCACCCUGAAUUGGUAUGAUGGCGAGCAUUUGAGUUUACUAAUGAUUGCUGCGAAGAAUGGACAUGAUGAUCUCGUUCGAAUACUUUUAAGUUAUUAUAAUUCAGUCGAACAAGUUGAAUUGAAAGGUACAGUAAAAAAACCUGACGGCGAAUACAUCGGCGGUGGAACAGCGCUAUACGCUGCAUGUUUUUAUGGGCAUUUUACAGUUGCGAAAACAUUAAUCGAAAUUGGUCAUGCAAAUCCAUUGCAAGACACUUACGAAUAUCCACAUUGUCCGUUGCUUAUCUUCGCUACUACAAUGGAUCGUCUUGAUAUAGUUCGUUUUCUUGUUGAAAACAGUUACUCAGAUGUGAAUGAAACAAAAUCCACUGACAGAAAUCGAUGUACGGCUUUGACAUGGGCAGCCCUUCGAGGCUAUACGUCGAUCGCUAAAUACCUGGUCGAAAAUGGUGCUGAUGUUAACUAUUGCUGUUCGAGUGCGUAUCUGACUGCUCGCACCCCAAUAUCAUUUGCUUGUCAGACUGUGCACGUCGAAGUAGUUCGGCUACUUUAUGACGCAGGCGCAGAUAUCAUGAUUCGGAAUAAUACAGGAAGAACUCUUUUAGACAAUGCGAUUGAACGUAAUUCACAUCCGAUGAUUAAUUUUCUUUUGGAAAAAUCUAUCAAUACAAUUGAAGAUGUCGAACUAGCUGUUUGUUCCCGAUCUUAUAGGUCAUUUUCUAAUGUAUUCUCAGACAAAGUAGUCAGUUUGUUAAAACUAGUUUUACAUCAACGUGAUCUCUUACAGAAGCCGAAAAUUUGUUCACCACCAAAAUCCAUCUACAAUCACGAACAAGAAUGUCAAACAAUUGAAGAAUUAGCAAAGAUCGAAGGCAAUCGUGAUCGAAUGUAUAUCGAAACAUUACUUAUUCGAGAACGUAUUUUUCAAUCGAGAAAUAGUAUCGAAAUCAUCGAGUGUUUAAAUGACUAUGCGAACAUGUUAAACGCUCAUAAAGAAUUCGGCAAGUGUAUUGACAUUGGCAUUCAUUUGUUUUAUUUUCGUCAACAAAACCAUUUUGAAACUUCACUUCACGGAUUUGUACAAGUUUGUCAACUUGUUUUCGAACCAUCGCAGAUAGAUUAUCCUACAAGCAUAUACAGUGCUGUAUUAUUGGUGGUCAUUGCAACGAAGAUUCUUGAUCAGCAAGAAAAUACAAAAGAAGAAAAAAAACUAAUCUAUAAUUGGAUUGAAGUUCUAUGCCAACAUAAAAUGAUCACCGAACAUGGAUUGACUUUAAUUCAUAUCUGUGCGAUGAAAGAGACUAAUAGUAACGUGAAUUGUCGUUCACAGAAACUUCGUCGACAUUUACAAUUUCCUAAUGUAGCUGCGUUUCGAUUGUUACUAUAUUGUGGACGACAAUAUUUGUGUUAUGAUGCAGUUGAUUUUAGCAAUGGAAAUACAGCGUUGCAUUGUUUAUGUCGGGAUUCAAAUGAUAAAGAAUUCAUCAAGCUGCUAUUAGAUUAUGGAUUUCAUGUAGAUUGUGUUAACGAAGAUGGUUAUCUUCCAAUUGAUUAUGUAAAAAAUGAUGAAAUCAAAACUCUACUGAAGUCAAAAACAAAUCCGAGUCGUUUGAAAUGUUUAUGUGCGCGCAUGAUAGCACAGCAGUGUUUCAAUAUCGAAUGCUUAGGACCACCAUCAUCAUGUUUGAAUCAAUUCGUUCUUCUACAUGGUGGAUUACACGCAAAUCCUACGUGCGGAACGGCAAAUGAUAAGACAGAACUUUAA